AUGAAAAAAUCCGAUGAAGAAACCACUCAGUUCGAGACGUUCAGAGAUUACCUCUCUGCCGCCAUUGUUGAAAAGGUCACAAAGCCAGCCUCCAAACCCAAGAAGCGCGCCAAAAAGACGAAAUCGUCGCCACCAACAACCAAACCACAACAUGGGACAGACGACACCCCGGUCGAUGCGGACGACAUGAUCGACUUCAGCUCCUACCUUGCCUCUGAAGCCUUCGAGUCCUUUCCAGAAGACUUGAAAGCUCUCUCCCACGUCACAUACACCGCAGACCCGGCUCUUCAAUCACGCCUCUCUCUGCCCUUGACCGGCUCCGACGUGGCGGAACUCCUCCCCACGCUCUCACCCGACGUAUCAGAGUCCCUGGUGGCAUACAACAUCAUCGACCCAGACCGCCAGGGGGCGCACGAGUUCCUCGCGCCGGUACUGACCGAGUACGUCGCCGCCCUGACGACAGCGCCGCCGCCGCCGCGCUCGACGAGGGACCAGGUCGACGGGUGCGAGCUGUGCGGCCGCGACUGGAUCGGCCUGACGUACCACCAUCUCAUCCCGCGCAUGGUCCACGACAAGGUCGUCAAGCGGGGAUGGCACCGCGAGGACGAGCUGAACAACGUGGCAUGGCUGUGCCGGCUCUGUCAUUCCUUCGUGCAUCGUUUCGCGGGACAUGAGGAUCUGGCGAGGCACUACUACACCGUGGAGUUGUUGCUGGAGCAGGACGAGGUGCUUAAGUUUGCACAGUACGCCAGCAGAGUGCGUUGGAAGGGAAGGUAG